AUGGGACGUGAAUUGACAGAUGAUGGUCCUAAGCUUAGGGAAGAGAGGAAUUUUGAAGAGUUUCAUGAAGAUCUGCGAAAAGAUACAAGGGUUCCAAUAGUUACGCUAAAUAAUAUCAAUAAUGAUACUGAGUCUAGGGUACAUUCGCAUCAUGUUAAGCAAAUGAUAUUUAAUGGUAAAGUUACUUUUGAACCGGUACGAUUAAAUCAACAUAAUUCUGAUUUUAAAGAAACAAAAAUAAACGUUAAUCAAUUGAGCAAUCAAGUUUUAAAACCUAAAGGGAAGGGUAUACACAAAUCUACAAAUUACAAUAAUAAGACCAGGGGUUUUAAUGAAUUGACUACACCAUAUAUUAACAAAUUUAUACAUCAGUACAACUUGAAUGAUUUGAAUAGAAAUAUUAUUAAUGCUAUUUCUGGUAUUUCAAAAGCUCAACGAAAUUUUCUAUCAGAAUAUGAUAUGGAUGAACAAGAUGAAUUAUAUUUACAAUUUUUGAAUAAUAGGUACUGUAAAGGAACGUUGACUAAUGAUCUUUUUGAAAUUGUUAUGACUGUUUUAGAAAAUGAGUGGAUACAUUUAGAAAAACAAAUACCACCUCGUUCACUUUCUAGUAACUCAUCAGCAAGUGAUCAUCAUACACAAACAGCAAGGAUAUAUUAUGAAUUAUAUGGUUCAGAUGAUGGAACUUCAGCAUUUAGUGAACAAGCUUGUGCGGUUUGUAAUGAAACCGAAAGCACUAAUUCGAAUGCAAUAGUCUUUUGUGAUGGUUGCGAUGUUGCUGUUCAUCAGGAAUGUUAUGGUAUAGUUUUUAUACCAGAAGGACAAUGGCUAUGUAGGUUAUGCUUAGUGUCAAAAAAUAGGAAAGUCAAUUGUGCACUCUGUCCUAGUCAUACUGGUGCAUUUAAACAGACUGAUGCAGGUGCAUGGGCGCAUGUUAUAUGUGCAAUUUGGAUCCCAGAAUUAUAUUUCGCUAAUUUAAAUUAUAUGGAACCAAUUGAAGGUAUACAAAACAUUCAUAAAUCUAGAUGGAAACUAAACUGUUAUAUAUGUGAUCAAAAAGUGGGGAGUUGUAUUCAAUGUAGUAAUAAAAAUUGCUUUACUGCAUAUCAUGUAACCUGCGCGAAAAGGGCUUCGUUGUGUAUCAAUUUUAAUAAAACUCCUGUCAGCACAAUUGUACAGAAUCAAAUGUCAUCAGAUAAUAUGAUACAAAGUUAUUGUGAUAAGCACUCCCCAACAGGGUGGCAUGACUGUACUGAAGGUAUCAUGAAAACUAGAAGAUAUUAUAGGGAUCUGAAUCAAAGCAAAAUAGAGAAUAACAUUUUUCCUGAAGUACCUCAAAAAAAUGAAACUCAGGUUGCUUCUGCUAACAGAUCAAAAUGGAAAACUAAUAGAGGUACACCGAUCGCACCUCAUUUUUUUAGUCAAAUAGUGGAAUCAGUCCUAUCUCUAGCCAAGGUAGAACAUUCGAAUAAAGUUUGUUAUCUUAUUUGUAAAUAUUGGUCAAUGAAAAGAGAGUUGAAAAGAGGAGCACCAUUGGUUCGCCGUUUUGAUAGUAGCUCUUAUAAUACAUUGACCUUGGAUCAACUUAAAGAAAGAAUUAAUUUUUCCGACGUUCUUUUAGAGGAUCUUUUGAAAUUAAAAGGGUUGAGUAAGUUGAUUAAAAAACGAAUUGAAUUGGAUGAGAAAUUAAAUUCAAUAGAUAAAAACAUUAACAAUAUUUCAAGAGCCCCAGAGAAGAUAUUUUUAAGGAAUGCUAUUUUAUCAAAAUUUGUUUCAUCUCCUACAUUUAGAGCAUUUGAGAGACUAUUUCAAGAGAGCAAUAAACAUUAUGUAAUGAUUGUUAGAUGCAAAAACUUUGAAUUUAACAAACUGUCUGAAUUUAAAGAAUAUAUGGAAGAGUCGUUUGCUCAAAUUGAACAAGAUCCUGAUUCAACAAGACUACUUUUAACCAAAACCUCUAAAACGAAGGAACUUUUUGAAUCACUGAUAAAUAAGAUAUCCGAUUUUGAUGUUAAAAAACACAUACGACAAGAUUUCACUAGUGACCCUAAUAAUGGUAUGAUAACACAAGAAAGGCCAUGGAAGGGUCCUAUUCUUUUGGAAGAUGAAGAACUAAGUGAUGCUGAGGAAUUAAAUAUAAGAGAAGAAAGAUUACUAAGACAUUUUCUUAACAGGUAG